AUGUCUAAUCAACCUCUAUCCACUGCCGUGGGAUUUGAUCAUGUAUGUUUCGAUGGAGAUAACACUUCAACAAACAAUCAUGUAUCUUCUCAACAAUUCGUCAAUGAGAUCCCACAAGAGGAACAUCAAACAACUCACGGGAAGGAACCCUACCGCUCAUUCAACGUCUUCAAAGAUGUAGCACUGGGCACAAACGCAUUCAGCUUCUGUCUCCAAGUCCACCCAUCUGGAGGCCUCGCCCAAUCCCCAAGCCCAGUAUAUCACUCCCUCCGCAUCCCAUGGUAUAAGCAACGCCUGUAUCUACCAGCCCCAUUUGAUCUCUAUGCAGGUGGCACGGUAGUCCGCAGUCGAAAAGAUCCAUCUCCAGAACAGCAAAACCACCGCGCACAUAUCCGCUAUCAUGGUAUUGAAGGUCUGGUGGGUCUUCAUGCUACUGUGGAUCUAUUUCACCAAAUCGAAUCUACGACUUUUCGGAAUGAUUUACCCGGAUCUGUGCCUGUUUCUUCUGAUCUGGUGAAGUAUUGUUCGGUUGACAUUGUUCGGAAGGGGAUAGGGAGGACGUAUCGUGUUGAGAUUGUUAAUGGUGAGGUUGUUAAGACUUUUUAUUGGAAGGGGUCUAAGGCUGCUUUGUCCUUGUUUGAUGCGCGGGAUAAUGAGGCGAAAGCUAGUGAUGGGAAUGGGAAUUUGAAGUUCUUUGCUGCUGAUCGGCCGGACGAUAUUCUUGCUGUCUGGCAGAAUCGGACGGAUAGACGGAUUUUGGGUUCUUUGGGCGUGAUUGCGGAGUUGGAUGUCGAUUCGGAUGGGUUGCUUGAGGGGUUGAUUGUGAGUUGUCUGGCUGUGGUUGUUGCAGAAAGAAUUUCUGGGCGUGGAUGGUUUGGUGGACUGGGGAAAUCGAGGGGUACUUGA